GGGCGGGCCGAACAUGGCGCUGGGCUGCUGGGGCCAGGGCUGGCGGUUGCUCCUCCGCGCCCUGCUCCUUGCGGCGCUGCUGGGUCCCACCGCCGCCUCUGCCUUCUCCUCUUACUCCUCCUCCAGCCCCGGCGAGCCGCGGAGCCCCGUGCGAGUGCUGUGCGGCUCCAACUGGAGCCUGGUGUUGCAGGGCCAGUGGAUGCUGGAGUUUUAUGCUCCUUGGUGUCCAGCCUGUCAGCAGAUUGAAUCCACUUGGGAGAGCUUUGCCAAGGAGAGUGAACACCUCGGCAUCACUGUUGGGAAGGUGGAUGUCACUCAGGAACCAGGCUUGAGUGGUCGUUUCUUCGUCACAACCCUUCCUACAAUUUACCAUGCCAGCGACGGAGUGUUCCGCAGAUACCGAGGCUCCCGCACGCUGGAAGAUCUUCAAGGCUACAUUUUAGAGAGGAAAUGGGAAGCUGUGGAACCUGUGGCAGGAUGGAAAUCUCCAUCUUCUAUAAUGAUGCACGGCAUGGCAGGGCUGUUUCACUUCUCGGGAUGGAUCAGGCAAAUCCAUAACUACCUCACUGGCACUCUUGGAAUUCACGUGUGGGCUUCUUAUGGAAUCUUCAUCUUGGCCACUUUACUGAUUGGCCUGUUCCUGGGUUUGAUCCUGGUUUUGAUUUCAGACUGCCUCUGCCCAGCCAGCUCAAAAUACCAAGCUGAAACACCUGAGGAAGCCAUCAGCAAGGACAACGCCGAGAACGCGGCGCUGGAGGAGCCCGAGGGGCCUGCGGAGCUCUCCGCGGACGAGGCGGAAGAGGCUGCGGAUGGGAAGGAUCUCUCAGAGGGAGAAGAGGCAGCAAACUCAAGUGCUGAGGACUCCGAGGAGGAUUUGGCGCUCGGGAAAGAAUCGGGGGAAGAAGAAACAGAAGAUUCGAGUGAACAACCUCUGGCCGAGUCAGAGACUGAGAGCUCGGUGAGGCAGCGCAAGAGCCAGGGGGCUGAGAAGGAACUCUAGUUCUCCCUGGGGGAGUUUGUGCACCUGGACCAAAGAAGUGUCAGACCAGGGUCUGAAGCUGGAGCUUAAACUUGAUUUGUCAUUUGUGUUUACCAAAACCUCUGCUUUGUCAGCAGGCUUGUAUUUUUUUUUUCUUUUUUUUUUUUUUUUAAGCUAGGACUUGCUUCCUUUGUCGGAUAAGCACAGAUGCUGUGUUGUGUAACCUUAGCUGUGACAAUCAGAGCCCUUAUCUGGGGCUUAUCUGGUCGGUGUCUCCUGAGAGAAAAGGGGCUGUGAGCCCCAGUUCACCAGCUGGGCAAUAUCUCUGUGUGUGUGUGUGUGUUUUGGGUGUGUCCCUCCCUGAGCAAGAGCGGGGCUUUUAACUCCACUUUGGGACUUCCCUGUCUGAAUGUUUAUUGUACCCCAACACCCCAGGAGCACAGAUAAGGGAUGCACUCCUGAAAGAAGGCACCUUACCAGUCUUCUAUCAGAAAUGUCGUGUACAGUGGGUUUGUUUUUAUCACUUUCGACCGAAGCACCUUUCUCUCUCCUUGUUGUUCGUGUUGUCGUCCCGCAGCCCGUCCCCAGAUGUGUCAGUUUUUGGUGAUCCAGAAGCACAACUCGAGUUCUUUGACCCAAGAAGUUGGAACGGUUGAAAAACCUCAGGCAGGAAGAGAGUGGCAGCUAGAUGUUUAAAAUGCCUUGGAGCUUUUUAAAAGGUUCAAAGGAAAUUAUUUUGUUCAGGGGGAAUUUUUGCCAAAGCACAACUCCAUUUUUAUUUUUUUAUUUAUUUUUUUUUUCCAAUUUGUUCCCAUCGGGAGGUUGUAGCAAGAAACACUCACUUUGCAGUCAGUGAGCUGUGCAUCUCUUGCCAAUCCAAGCUUGUCGUAUGCAGUGCAGCCCUGCCACUUCCAACUGGGAAUACAGAACUGAAGGGGCACUCGGGGGUUUGCUUUUGAUCACUUCUCUACUUUUUGUCACUGGCUUUGUCACGCUGGGAAAAGAGAGGGGCGCAGGUGGGUGGUGGGGAGGAGCUGUUGGUUUUGCUACUUAUAUCAGAAUAAAAGGGUGCGUGCUGAACAUGUGUAGCGAAGGUGGCUUGUCAGGUGGGCAGCGUUAGGUUGGUUAGGAGACUUGGGUCACCACAGAAAUCAGUGGAUCACUCCUUUGGGUUAAUACACGAGGUUUUUUUUUUGGGAAGGAGCGUCUACAGAGAGAUCCUGUAUGUUUCUGUUUUGUUGGUGUGUGGCCAUGUGUGUGAGAUGUGUCUUAAUCUUGAUACUAUUUUUAAUAUAUAUAAAUAUAUAUUGCAUAAGCCUUGCUCACAUGCAUGAAUUUCACCUUGUUCUUCAAGAAUGGAGAGUAAUCCAUGAUGAGGUCAUCUCUCGUUAGAAGAGACAAGCUGCAAGUGCAAAAUGCUGGUUUCCUUUGAGACUGACAUUAAUAAGGCCGAUUUGUGUUGAAAGUGAUGUUGUUGUUUUUUCGGGUUUUUUUAAAUGCUCAUAAAGAAGGUAUUUACUAAGAAAGCUUAGCUUUUCCCAUCUCUGUCCUGUCUCAUCUGA